CUCUGAUGUUUUAAGUCAAAGGCCAGACACGAUGAGCGUAAGUUCUGCCUUCGUCUCUCUACUUCUCCAUUCGUCCUUUUCCUCCUCUUUCUCCUCCAAAAUCAAAACAAACUUGAGGCGGGGGUCGAGCUUCAUAAGUUCUAACCAUGACUGUUUCUUCGUCAUCUCAGAAUCAAGAUGAUAUUUCCAAGAAUUACAAGAGCUCAUACUUUGGAUUACCUGCCUUGGACGUUUCUGUUGCAUUUCCGCAGGCAACUCCAGCAUCUGUAUUUCCCCCUAAUGCUUCAGACUAUUACCAGUUUGAUGAUCUGUUGAAUCUUGAGGAGCAGACCCUCCGUAGAAAAGUCAGAGAGGUUAUGGAAAAGGAUGUAGCUCCAAUAAUGACUGAGUACUGGGAGAAGGCAGAGUUUCCCUUUCAUGUUAUACCAAAGCUUGGUGCUCUGGGUGUUGCUGGUGGCACUAUUAAGGGCUAUGGGUGCCCAGGUCUCUCUAUUGCUGGAAGUGCUGUUGCUUUAUCAGAAAUUGCCCGAGUUGAUGGAAGCUGUUCUACCUUUAUUUUGGUGCAUUCUUCUUUGGCAAUGCUCACAAUUGCACUUUGUGGGUCAGAGGAACAAAAGCAGAAAUUUCUACCUUCAUUGGCACAGUUACAGACUGUAGCUUGUUGGGGUUUGACAGAGCCUGACAUUGGAAGUGAUGCAAGUUCUUUGAAAACAACAGCAUCAAAAGUGUCAGGGGGAUGGAUGCUUAAUGGCCGAAAGCGAUGGAUUGGAAACAGUACCUUCGCAGAUGUGUUAGUUAUUUUUGCUCGGAAUACAACAACAAACCAGAUAAAUGGGUUUAUCGUUAAAAAGGAUGCCCCCGGUCUAAGGGUCACUAAAAUAGAAAACAAGAUUGGUCUGAGGAUUGUCCAGAAUGGGGAUAUUCUCUUACAGAAUGUCUUUGUCCCUGAUGAGGAAAGGUUGCCUGGCGUCAAUUCCUUCCAGGAUACAAGCAAGGUUCUUGCUGUUUCACGUGUUAUGGUUUCCUGGCAGCCAAUUGGCAUUUCAAUGGGAGCCUAUGAUAUAUGUCACAGGUAUUUGAAAGAAAGAAAGCAGUUUGGAGUUCCAUUGGCAGCAUUCCAACUUACCCAAGAAAAACUUGUUCGCAUGUUGGGCAAUAUUCAAGCAAUGUUCAUGGUUGGUUGGCGCCUCUGCAAAUUGUAUGAGAAGGGAAAGAUGACACCUGGUCAUGCUAGUUUGGCGAAGGCAUGGAUUACAUUGAGAGCAAGGGAGACUGUUUCUAUUGGGAGAGAGUUACUUGGUGGCAAUGGAAUCUUGGCGGAUUUUCUAGUUGCAAAGGCAUUCUGCGAUUUGGAGCCCAUUUAUACAUAUGAAGGCACUUACGAGAUUAAUAGUUUGGUUACGGGGAGGGAAAUUACCGGGAUUGCAAGCUUCAAACCAGCUGCAUUGACCAAACGCAGUCGCCUCUAACAUGGUCUCAGUUCUCGCUGGAAUCUGGACUCGGAUCUUGUAUUUGCGUCUGUUCUGGCAAAAAAGAAAUAAACGUAAUGCAGCCAGAUUGGUUGAUUAAUUCCCCCAAUGUUGGGCAGACUGUACGAACUAUAAUAAAGAUUGGAAGUGCGAGGUUUCUUUAAUAAUCCUUAGCCAUAGUUAGCUUCGUCUCUUUCUUUUGUAUGGGUUCAUUUUGGCGAUGAUUUUAUGGAUUUUUCUCUUAUUCUGCAGCUUUCUUCUAACGUGGAAAUAAAACAAUGAAAAAUGUUGGUGA